AUGCAUACUUCCACGUGGACAUCCUUGUUUUUGCUUGGACUGGCAAAUCUGGUGCCUGAAGCUUCAGCUAGGCCGUCGACUUGCCCUCCGCCACCAAAGCCCGGCAAGGCGCUCUACAUGAUUAGCAAUGGCGCGCACAACAGCGUGAUUGCUCUGCCUAUCAACAGCAACGGAUUGCUGGGCCAGGGAACCAGCACCUCAACUGGCGGCACCGGCUCCAACUUUGUGACCAUCACCAAUAACAAGAAGGAGAUUGCCGGCCCUGAUGCUCUGGCUUCUCAGGCGGCCUUGACCAUCUCUGGCAACUAUCUGUUUGCCGUCAACCCCGGUUCCAACACGGUCGCCAUGUUCGCCAUCGACCCUAAGAACCCAUUGAGGCUCACCAUGCUCGGUCAGCCGGUCCCUGUCCUCGGUGACUUCCCCAACACCGUUGCGGCAUCGGCCAAGAACCAGAUUGUGUGUGUUGGGUCAUCCGGAGCAAAGUCCGGCAUUGCCUGCGCCCCCUUCUCCGCCCGUGGAAUCGGCAAGAUGGACCAGCUCCGGCCGGUUGGCUUGAAGCAAACAACGCCGCCUGUUGGGCCCACCCUCACCGUCUCCCAGGUGUUCUUCUCCGGGGAUGAAGAGACGCUCCUCACCACUGUCAAGGGUGACCCCACGACCAAUGUUACGGGAACGCUGGGUUUCUUCCCCGUUGAUCAGCCUUGCGAUGCCCGUGAUGCUGCCACCGUCGCCACGGAUGGAAUGCUGACCAAGGUGGACGGAACCGUCGUCCUCUUCGGUUCAUCCACCAUCCAGGGAUCCACGGACAUUUUCGUGACCGAUCCGGCAUUCGGCGCCGCUGUUCUGUCUGUCGAUGCCGAGACCGGCGCCGCGAGCAUCAAGGGCAAGGCCACCAUUGAGGGCCAGAGCGCUACAUGCUGGGUUGCCAUUUCUCCCGACACAAACACUGCCUUUGUGACCGACGUCGGCUCCAACCGCAUUGUCGAGGUUUCUACCACCGAUGCUAGCAUCAAGUCCGUCACCGAUUUCAGUGCCAACGGCGACCCCGGCUUGAUUGAUCUGCGAGCUGCUGGCAGCUUCAUCUACGCCCUGAGCCCUGGCAACGGAACUACUUUGCCCGCGGUAACCGUGAUGGAUGCCAGGAGCAAGAAGCAGAUUCAGCAUUUCCAAAUCAAGGGGCUCGGCGCGAGCAAGAGCACACAGGGCGCUGCCGUGUUGCUGUAA